CUCAUUAUUGUGCUGUGACGCUUGUCAGAUCCAAGUCCGAUCUCCUGUUGAUUCCGCCUCCAGAUAAAUUGCAUCUUCCUGUCGUAGUUCCACCAUCCAGAUAUCCACACUCCAAAUCAUGGCCACUGUUGUACUCAAAGAAGUAACUGCUUUGAAGCCCAUUGAACAUAUUUCACGAACGUUUCAUAAUUUUCCAGGAUCAAAAUAUGUCCUACCUGCCGACGCCGCAGAGCACGAAAGGCUUUUAUUGCAGCAUAAAGUUCUCAAUCGCGCCUUCCAAAAUCGACUGGUCUUAGCUCCCGUCAAUCUAGACAAAGCCCAAUUCGUCCUCGACUCCGGGACAGGUGCAGGAGUUUGGCUUACCGACCUUUCUCUACGAAUUUCCCCGUCUUCCAUCCUCCACGGUAUUGACAUUGAGGGACGUCUUUUCCCAUCUGGUCCCGCAGGCAUUGUGUCAUUCUCCAUCAACUCCGUUACGAACUUACCGCCAGAGUGGAGCGGUCGCUUCGAUUUGGUUCACCAGCGCUUACUCCUCGCUGCGCUCACUAACGUUGAAUGGCCAAAGGCCGUAGAAGAGAUGUUUAAAGCCCUGAGACCGGGUGGGUGGAUUCAACUCGGUGAAGCUGGACCGUGGCAUGCCGGCGAGAACAAUGCAAAGCUCGUAGAGCUGAUCAGGACCCUAUUCGUGUCGCGGGGAUUACUUUUGGAUAUUGCUAAUGAUUUGCCGAACCUCUUGAAGGAGGCAGGAUUCAUCAAUAUUGUCAUCCAGGCGCAGGAUAUCCCUUUGGGAGCGUGGGCCGGCGAAGAAGGUUGCGAGGGAAGAGAUAACUUCAUGGGAGUCUUCAGGGGGAUGAAGACGCCCAUAUUAAGGUCUGGAGGACUUGGAAUUGUGGAUUCGGAGGCUGCGUUAGACAAAAUUUAUGACGCGGCCGAGCAAGAGUGGAACGAGCAUCAUGGUGCUACGUUGACGUUCUACAUCGCAUACGCUCAGAAGCCCUUCGAUUAAAAUUUAACUGAUAGCUAGUGAGAAGUACCAUUGCAUGGUUUCUCAAUCUAGAUGUGCCAUUAGGGUCCCGAAAGAGUCGGAAAGGCAACAGAACAAUAGAGAAUAAGAAUAGUGUAUCCGGGAGUUUCGAGCAGUCCGGUGACGCCAGU